CAUGAUACAUUUGCAUAUUGUUGUCGCUUUCAACGUCAAGUGGAAAAAGUGUCAAAAUGUCUGGCAUACCUUUAAUACCGAAAGGCAGAGAAUGCCAACAGUUGGACGUGUCACACGUUUUAAAAGAAGCACUGCAAGAUGUACUCGAUUCACCAGAAUUUUAUCGGAACGUGGCAAAAAAUGUUUGCAAGUACAAUGCGCAAAACACGUACCUACAAAGAGCUGGCAAGGAAAUUACAGAAGUAUACCAUUCAACCAAAUUGGACAUAGUUGAUCUGAGCGGAACAGAGUGCAAUGUUAUGACUGGGCAAGGGGAGUUUUUGAAACAAGAAAACCUAAUAAGCAAAGACGCCAUUCUGGCGGAGAAUGUUAAAUUGAAAAGUGACUCAUUAUUCCCGGAACUACCCCCCACAAGAGUGCAGAAAUACAAUUUGUUGCAAAAACGGGAUAUUUUACCUUGCAAACCUAUAAUAUCAAUGGAUUUUAGAUUGAACUCAAAUCGGCAUCGUUGCACACUUUCGUGCGGAUGUAGCCGAACGGAUAUUGCUGCAGAAAAACAGAAGAUCGGUUUUAUUCAACAUGAAAAGUCUGCACAAACCAGAACAAAAGCACCUUUUUUAAAAACGGAAAAUGUAAUGCAUAAAGCAGUCAUUUCACAAGAAAUGAAAAUAUCACAUCGGCCGUCGUUCAAACUAGAACCAGACGAGAUCUUCUUCUCCGAAUACAAAACGGCAACAUUAUACGAAAAAAAAUUUAAACUAAUUAACUCCUCUCAAGUAAUCCAAUCGUUUGCGCCACUUCCCACAUCGUGCGACUUCCCCUUCAAGGUGGAAAUAUGUCAAGGCGGUGUAAGGCUCGCGCCGGGCAUGGCGGCGGUAUUCAGCGUUAAAUACUACACAGAUGUUUACAAGAACGUUAAAGAUCUUUAUAAGAUCAUUACCCGAAGUGGUGAAGAGCUGACUGUUAAACUUGAAAGCUUUCGAACGCCGCCCUGUCUAAUGGUUUUUGUGUUUAGGAAUUUUGAAAGCGUACAGCAAAUGAGACUGGUCCAGUUGGGUUUGAGCUUGAGUUUUAGCGAAACUCGUCGUUUGGCUCUUAAUUCAUCGAUCGAUUGUGGAGAUAGUUUGGUCGGUUACGAAGCGAACAUCGAUCUGCUCGUGAAAAAUGAGGGGAAGUAUGGGAGGUUUUUUAUUCUUGAUGAAGACGACUGGUAUUUUAAUGCAAUUCCGGAAACAAGUAGCAGAACUAAAAAAACAAUUGGUGCUUUUAGCAUAUAUCCAGUAUAUUUUGAAAUUGACGAAGGCGAUUUCAUUGAACUUGAAAUACAGUUCCUUCCAGAGGAAUACGGGGUGGCUGUCGAAAAGUUGUUUAUACUAUGCGACAACAAUGCGGUUCAAGAGAUCGAGCUUAUUGGUGACGGUCUUGUGUUUGAGACCAGUACGGUAACCGUCGAUUCGGAACUCCAUCUAAAAACGCAAGAAUUUUGUGAUCCGCAAACUAAUUAUGUUGUUGAUUUUAAAGAAUGUUUACCUUUCUUUAAGUACUAUCAAAAAAUAAAAAUACACAACACCUGCGGUAUCAAUUUUUAUUACAAAUGGCUCGUCAGGGAAAGUCAAUGUGAUAAGACGAUUGAUUUUAACUCAAUGGACCCUUCCUGGGUAACGGUAACUAAUGCCCCACAGUUAUUGCGCGGCCGCAGUUCUACAGAUUUUCAGUUGGUGUUGCAAAGUGACACAGUCAUCAGAGGUUUAACCAGCUUAGUACUCGUUUUACACAUUUUAGAUGUACCUGAAACGUGUUUGUCCGAAAAUGCAUCGUUUUGCGUACUGGAAAAUUUAAACGAUGAUAAUGAUGGAAUUAAGAUGUUAGACGUGGUAGUGGCUGAAAUAGAGAUAAUUGCAAAUUUUGAGGAAAUACUAGUUACUUUCAAUCCUCCUGAAAUAAGAUACGAGCAAAAUAUUGAGAUUCAUACCAGUCUCCAACAGAAAUUCGAAGUUUGUUCCCAUGCAAGUACAGACAUGGCUUGCGAGUGGCAGGUUUCAAACCAUAAAGUGAUACGCGUGCAUCCAACUUCCUUUGUACUAAAGUCAAAAGGCGUCUUCACAUGUAAACUGAGAAUUGUAGUGUGCCAAUACGAAGACAUUAACGAAACAUUAACCUUCAAGGUCGAGAAAGAUUUGUAUGUCAAAACCCUGGAUGUGGUUGUAAAAGUAGUCAAGCCAAGAGCCGUAUUUUCAACUAUCAUGCUCAAUUUUGGUUCCGUACCGAAAGGUAAAAACGUGCCCCCAAAAUUUUUCAGUGUUAUAAAUAAAGGGGAGGACAAGGUAGAAUGGUUCAUUUUGGAAUGUUUCUAUGAUUUUAAUAAGGGGAGCGUAUUUUAUAAAAAUUCCUUAGAGCAUUUAUCUUCAAAUAGAGGAGUGCUAGCGAAAGGACAAUCGAAGAAAAUCAGUUACACCAUUUCACAUCCGACGGAGAACUGCAAAUGGUUUUCUUUUCUUAUCUUAGCAUCCGCUCAUCCGUCUUUAGUCACAAUGGAGUCUAUCAUUUUAGUACUGUAUGAAGUUGCCGAACCCCAACUUACACUUCAUUGCAACUUGCCCAGUUUCCCCACCAUUUUUCCAGGGAAGCUUUUGUACUUGGGAUGCACAUCUUCUUACUGUCUAUGUGUGCAUAACACUGAUAGGAAACUGGCCGGUAGUUUUACUUUUGGUACUCCAAGAGGUUAUCAAGCCAACUGUAUCGAGGUGAUCUUCAAGCCGAAAUCUGGAAUUAUUCCACCAGAAAAGUGUACACAUGUCCUGAUGUCCCUGACUCCUCUCAAACCCGGAAUAAUCGAAGAUGUACAAAUUCGCUGUUUCUUGAACCACAACAGAAAACCAGCGAUUCUUACAGUAAUGUGUGUUGUCGACAAUAUCAGGUUAAAUAUUUAUUUGCCGAAACAAAAUGACGCAAUGGAGAAAAUAGUUUGGCCGUCUACAUUGCAAGAUUUACAAAUAUGCAAUUCGAGUAUUGCUGGCGAAGUGACCCUGAGUGAAGAAGGUUCCCCAAAUCUAAGUGCUGAAAACCUUCAGUUAGAUUUGGAAGUAGAAUCAAAUGGAACAGUCGAAUUGUUGGAGGAAAUGCACUUCAAUUCUUCCGAAUCGGAUUUUCUUUGGGACACAUUUGUAGAUGAAGAAAUGGACACAGAUUCUCUAACACCGCCAACCGACAUUCUUUUGCAAACAUGCUUUGGUUCUAAUUUAACAUUGCACGAGCAUGUAACGGAAGUGAAAUUGGUGCCUGUGAAGAAACUUGCAAAAACGACUAUAAUUAUUGAAAAUGUCACUCCAAUUCCCAGUGCUGUAAGUGUCUGUGCCAAACGUUUCCUUUCCAAACCGACUGAAAGAACCAGAGAGAAGCUCUUCAACCAAUUGCUUGUAGAUUUAAAAUUGAAACAGGGAGGUAAUGAGUGGGAAGAGUUAGUUAACGACUACGGUAUUGCGGUUAGGCCAUCACCCCAAUGCGCAACUAUCGAGAUUAAGACUCCGGUUGAAAUUGAUUUAUGGAUUUAUGCGAACACUUGGGGUAUUUAUGUUGAGGAAAUAGCUAUCAUGGUAGAAAGUAUUGGGGUAUUUACUUUUAAUAUGUUAAUUGAGGUUGUUGGUUCUCCCAUUGAGUUUCCGAUGUCACUUAAUUCCAUACUGGAUGAAACGGUUAUGAGGUUUGGAACCUUCACUUACCUGAGCGAACCGAAAAGUCGUAUGUUAAAGAUAAAAAAUAUUAGUACGAUUCCAGUAUGUUUAGUAUGGCACAUAUUUUUCAAAACUGAUUACUUUACCUCCUUCAAUCUCCUUAUGGAUACCUUUGAAUCUGAUUUGAAAUCGUGUGAUGAUGAUGUUGAGGAGCUCUCGACUAAAUUACUUAUCACUAAAAAAUAUUACGGAAAGGAAGAUCAUAAAAUUUUUCAGGUUACACCUCGCUGUAUAAGACUGAAGCCGAAGCAAUCGAAGAUGAUUACAAUUACACAUGAUCCUCGGCAUUUUCCAGUGAAAUUUGAAAAAACUGACAUCGAAGCCGACCUCCUGGGAUACGUACAUUUAAAAAAAGACCAUAAAUUUCAAGAUGACUUGUUCUACCGGAAGUCUGAUACGGAAUCAACCCCAGUCAAUGUGAAAUUGCUUACCACACUGGAACUGCCACUGCUGCAGCUACAACUGUUGCAAGGUGACAUGACAGUUACUGCAUAUGCUAGUGAUAUUAUUGAUAAGCAUGAAGUACAGUACGAAAAAACACUCAUCUUUAGAAACAUUCACGACACAGCUGCAACAGUUUCAAUGAAUAUUGAGAAACCGUUCAAAGUCUUGCAGUUAUCUACAGUCGAAGCCGAAACUAGCGAACAUUGCCCCGCAAUCUUAAUCAAACCUGGCGACUGCCUACAGGUGCUAAUCGAGUGCGUAGUUGACGUCGAAUAUGUACUAUUUUACGCCGAUGCGUUGUUUAACAAUAAGAACUCGACCAACUUCGAGUACUUCAAUCAGGACGAAAAUUCUGUUACACUCGAACAAGACCUAAACAUUAAUCAACUUGGUGUACAGAAACAGGUAACAAAAAUGAAAUUCAUCCUUUACUAUCCUGAUCUACACAUAUCUCAAGAAACGGUUAACUUUCAACUCGUUUACAUUGGCAACACCAAAAUGGCGUUAUUGAUGUUGUCGAACACUAAAGGUACACAUUUACACUUUAGCAUCAUCAAGUCUAUAUUAGACAGUCCAUUUAGGAUUGUACCAAAUAAGGGAAUUGUUCCUAAAGCUGAAGGAAGGACUCUUUCUACAGUAACGUUAAAAAUUUAUUUUUCUCCCAGCGAAUCCACAACCUACCAUGAAGAAAUUAACAUACUGAGCAACAUUCCUUUCCUCUCGAAGAAGGUGACCUUAACGGGAAUAGGAACCCACAAUGAAAAAUUCUACGAAGAAGGAAUAUAAAAUAUUUUGUUCUAUACUUUAAUAAAGAGCGCAUAAAA